AAGUCGAUGUGCUGGCACCUCAGGGCAGGUGAGUGUUAUAGCCCUUGAGGCUAAAGGGAUCAAAGGCUAGGGGAGGAGAAAGCAGGAACUGAAUUGGAUGAUCAGCCAUGAUAAUACUGAAUGGCACAGCAGGCGGAGUGGCCUACUCCUGUUUCUCAUUGGGGUCAACCUGUGAUAGGCAUGGUGCUCAUAAAAUUUGUCGAAAGGCUAAGAAUUCAGUCACCAGAAAAUAACUUGACAGCGGCUUGUUCCAACUCAGAGGAAAUUGAAUCCUUUCCAGUUACAAUUCAUUUCAGGACAAAGGCUGAAUGAUGUUUUUCUUUAAAUGGAAACACCAGCAAGCCAGCCUGGAGCAGGUUCAUCCUGUCUGGAGGAGUUAGUGAUGUGACACAUUGCUGGAUGAGUUACAGGGCAGUCUCAGGUUGAGGUGAAGUGUCCCGGUAACUGGGGGGGGGGGGGGGGAGUCUGUGUUCGGUAAAUGUACACAGGCCUCCCUCUGUACUGCACCGCAUUAAAGGAAUUUUCCCCGCCGCCGGCGCUGCCUCAUAUGAUUAAGGAGGGACUUUCCAUCCUGUCGAGGAGACUCUUAGCAAAAAUUUCUGCUUUCGGUUUUCUCUGUGCAGCAGGAAGCUGCAGCACCGGGACUUCCUGCUUUGAGUACACUACUAAGGGAGAGAGAGAAGAGAGAGAGAUCUUUCUGUAUCCGAGCGCUGGGUGACCAUGAAAACACUUCAUUUGCUGCUAUCUCUCCUGCUGCUGCUGCCGAUCGCGGAAAGUAACAGAGAGCUGUUGACAGUGAAUGCACCGAGGAGGGUACAUGGAACAGUUGGAAGUGCUGUCGUUCUGCCUUGCUAUUUCACGUUCCCCUAUGCCAGCUACACUACCUUUGAGAUCACGGUCAUCUGGAAAAUAGGGGUGUUUUAUACAGGGACAGUUCUCUUCAACGCAACAAACAGAGCCAAGGGUCAGGGGGAUUUUGAAAAUAUGGUUCACACGAAUAUUAAUGACCGGUAUAGACUGGUUGGAGACCCCAGGAUUGGUAAUGCUUCAGUCGAGAUAAAAGAAGCCAGGCUGGAUGACACCAGCGAGUAUUUCUGUCGUGUGGAAGUCAAACGCCCAGCAUUACCUGCUUACAUGAAAGAAAACAAUCUUGGGACCAUCCUGAAAAUAACAGGUCCACCUGUCAUCCUCAACAUGUCUACCCGGGUUGUCAAUGGCACACAGUUUACCCUUGUGUGUCACGUUCAAGGAGAGCCCUCUCCAAACAUCAUGUGGAUCGAUCCCCAACAGAGCAGACUGCCCGUGAAUGCCAGCGAUACUCCAGUUGUACGAGGCCCAGGGCGGUAUCAGGUUGUGGGGGAGUUACAUGACCCAAAGCUGGGAGGGAACUACACGUGUGUGACCACGAACACCUUCGGCAAUUCCACGCAACUCAUCUACUUUGCCAGCUUGACAGAAGGCCGAUCAGUGCUCAAAGUAAUCAUCGGUGCCUUGGUUGGAAGCCUCCUUGCAAUUGUUCUGAUCGUUAUUGCCCUCGCGUUCUGGUGGAGAAAGCAGGGUACUGUGGUUUUUACCCCACAGAGAGAAAGGUAUGACUCCGCCUUCUGCUAUUAAAAGUGUUGCUGUGUU